AUGGAUAAGCAUUUCUGCUCCCAAUUUAUGUUUCUAGGCCUACUUUUAACCCCAUUCUUUCCAAAACUUGCACCUUUGCAUUUCACCACUCUAAGACCAAAUGCAACAGCAAGAGAAGUUGCCCAUGAAAAUGAAGUUGUUGCUUUGCUGAAGUGGAAAGCCAGCCUUGAUGUAAACAGCCAAUCACUCCUCUCAAGCUGGGAUUCGAAUGGAAGCAACCCUUGUAAUACUUGGAUCGGCAUUCGCUGCAAUAAGGCUGGAAGAGUUGGCUAUGUUGAGCUCAGUGAUUUUGGUUUAAGAGGUAGAUUGCAUGAUCUUGAUUUCUCAUCCUUGAACCAUGUAGUUUACCUUGACAUGUCUAAUAACUCUUUAUACGGCACCAUUCCCUCAAAUAUCGGUAACCUUUCUAAGCUCUACUAUCUUGAUCUGGCUCUCAACUUCCUUUUAGGACCGAUUCCACCAGAAAUAGGUUUACUAACAAAUGUUUGGUAUUUCAGCCUGUACCAUAAUAACAUCACAGGUUCGAUUCCCCAACAAAUUGGAUUACUAAGGACGCUUGUUACAUUUGACUUGGGAUUCAACUAUAUCACAGGAAUCAUUCCCAGCUUCAUUGGAAACCUCACUCAUCUCUACUUUCUUGCCCUGCCUAAUAAUGGGCUUUCAGGAUGCAUUCCUUCCACCAUUUUUUCAAACCUGACAAAUCUCCAGUAUUUGUAUCUCUACAGCAAUCAAUUAUCUGGUCCAAUCCCUGGUGAAGUUGGCAUGGUAAGGUCUCUUCGGGAUCUUGAGUUGGCCGACAACCAUCUAACUGGUCAAAUCCCAGCAUCUAUAGGGAAUUUGAGCAACUUAAUUGACCUAAUUCUUCGUGUAAACCAAUUAUCAGGACUCAUACCUGAAGAAAUUGGCAAGCUACACUCCAUGCUUGAUCUUGAAUUAGGUGCUAACAAUCUAGAGGGUAAUAUUCCCAGCUCCAUUGGCAAUUUGGGACGAUUGGAAUACUUGAGCCUUUACGACAAUAAGUUUACAGGCAAAAUCCUGAGUAGCCUGAAAAAUUGUACUAGGUUAUACAGAAUUGAUCUUAGAAGCAACGAAUUUUCUGAAAACAUAUCACAAAAUUUUGGCAUGUAUUCGAAUUUAAAUUACAUUGACUUGAGUGAUAAUAGUUUCUAUGGGGAACUGUCUGUAACAUGGGGUCAUUGUCGGAACUUGACUGGCUUCAAGGCCUCCAACAACAAUCUUUCAGGGAAGAUACCAGAUGAGAUAGGAGGGGCAUCUCAAUUGGAAGUGCUAGAUCUCUCCUCAAAUCGAUUAACUGGGAGAAUACCCCAAAUUUUUGUCAAGUUCAUUUCACUGUUGGACCUAAGGUUGAAUAACAACAAACUUUCAGGGGAUAUUCCAUCAACAAUUGGCAAGUUGUCUAAACUUCUACAUCUUAAUUUGGCCGAGAAUAACCUUAGUGGUCCAAUUCCCCCAGAAAUAGGAGAGUGCAAAGAGCUAUUGGACUCGAACCUGAGCCAAAAUGCACUUAAUGGAAAAAUUCCUUUCCAGAUUGGAGAAAUGAAUUCUCUGGAAACUCUCGAUCUCAGCCACAACAUGCUGAUUGGUGAGCUACCACAGCAGUUGGGAGAACUAAAGAGCUUUCAGAUAAUGAAUUUCUCACAUAAUGAGCUGUCAGGUUCGGUACCUUCAAGCUUUAGCCAAUGUUUGAGCUUGGUUUUGGUUAAUAUAUCGUACAACCAAUUGGAGGGUCCUCUUCCCAACAUUGCAGCAUUUCGGAAAGCCCCAUUUGAUGCCUUGAGGAAUAACAAAGAUUUGUGUGGCGAUGUUGCUGGCUUGAAAGCUUGCCCUCGAUCAGGAAGUAAUCAGGUCAACAAAAGCAGCAGCAAAGCAAAGACAAUGUUGAUUGUAUUUCCGACGCUGGGAACCAUGCUUUUCUGUGUUUUGCUUCUUUUUGUUGCACUAACACGUAAGAGCAGUAAAGCAAGAACUGAGUCCGGCUGUGACCGAAAUAAAGAUCCGUUUGCAAUAUGGAGCUUUGAUGGAAAGAUGGUGUAUAAAGACAUCGUCAAAGCAACAGAGGACUUCAGUGCCCACUACUGUAUUGGAGUAGGAGGAAAUGCAAGUGUUUUCGGGGCUGAAAUGCCAAAUGGUCAAAUUGUUGCCGUGAAAAAGCUCCAUACACAAGAAAAUAUUGGAUUGAGCAGUCCAGAAGGUUUUAGGAAUGAAAUACUUGCAUUAACGGAAAUAAGGCAUCGCAGUAUUGUGAAGCUUUAUGGAUUCUGUUCACAUGCACUGCAUUCAUUCUUGGUGUACGAAUUCUUGGAAGGAGGAAGCCUAUUAGACAGACUCAGUAGCGAUGAAAAGGCUAUGAAUUUGAAAUGGAUCACAAGGAUUAGAAUUCUUACAGAUGUAGCAAAUGCACUGUUCUAUAUGCAUCAUGACUGCUCACCUCCCAUAAUCCAUCGAGACAUAUCAAGCAAGAAUGUGUUGUUAGACUCUGAAAACGUGGCUCACAUCUCUGAUUUUGGCUGUGCAAGGUUCUUGAAACCUCACUCAUCUAAUUGGACAACAUUUGCUGGAACCUAUGGUUAUGCAGCUCCAGAACUUGCUUACACAAUGGAAGUCACUGAGAAAUGUGAUGUAUAUAGUUUUGGAGUUCUAGCCCUUGAAGUGAUUGUGGGGAAGCAUCCAAGCGACCUAAUUUCCAUUUUACUAUCAACACCAUCAUCAAUGCCAAAGCCAAAAUCUCUUGACAUAAUGCUGAAAGACGUCUUGGACAAAAGAAUUCCUCCACCUACCCUACAAGAGGCUGAAGAUGUGGUACUAGCUGCAAAACUAGCAAUUGCAUGUGUUCAUACAAGUCCCCAGUUUCGGCCGACGAUGCAACAAGUUUCUGGACACAUAUCAAGAAAAAAAUCAGCUUCCAAGAGCCUGUCCCUUGUUACACUAAGUGAACUGUUAUAUUCCUGA